AUGGCGGCGAGUCCUGGAGAGCGCGUGCAUGUGUCGCUGGCGGCCUGGCCUGUUCAAAUGUCUGCACUUCGAUGGAGGAGAAUGGCUGCAUCAUAUUCAAAUUUCCAAAUGAAUCACACCCCUUGUCCACCUCAGCAAAUGCAAGAUCAGCAACUUUCUCAGUGCCAGCUGCAAGAAGACUAUCAGAACUGCCCGUCUCCACUUUUAAAUGACAAUCAAUGCUGCCUGAGCCCUGGAUUUCCACCUAUUACUGUGCCACCUCAACAAGUGCCUAUAUCUAGCCAGGUACCAUCAGUUACGGGACCACAAACUCAGCAGGAUAAUUUGAGAGAUCCUGUGGACUUAAUUAGUGAUUUUCUACAGGCAGUCAGAGUUGAGUCUCCUUUGGACCCAUUCAAUUUUAGUAGCAGUGGAAGCACUAGCCCAGGUUCUAAUCAAGGUAGCAACAUUGCAGUUACACCUUUCGUAUCUGAAAGAGGUGACUCAAAGGUGUUCAGGGAAGUUGAAGCUAGCUACCAAACUAUCAGAAGUCAGAUAGAACAUCUGAAAUUUAUUAGAGAGUGUAUUGAACAUAGGGCACAGCAGGCUGUAUCAGAGAUCCAUGCCAUGAAACAGCACAUUGUAUCAUCUCUUGAUGAACGUGAAAGGCAGUUGCUGCUACUUGUAGAUCGUGUCAGGACACUGAAGGGUCAAGCUUUGAAUCAUCAGUCAGGUACACUGAGUAAGACUUUGGACACUCUUUCAACAUGGCUUAAAUGUGCUAGAAAGGCACUGCGGAUGGGUGGAUUGACAACUCAGAUGACAGCAGGUGCCCGGAAACUGCUUGCAGACAUACGUGAAUCACCAUUCCAACCCUGUGAAAGUGAUGCAUUAGCUUUCACACCUGUACCAUUCAACAGCAUGAUCACCAUUGGCAAUAUUUCAAGUUCUGGGUAUGCCCCACAAUGUUGUGUGUUGGGUAAUGGUGUAUCGUCUGCACUGUGUGGUAAUGUCACAACUUUCAUGGUCAGAGUAAAGGAUCAUCUUGGAGAACAACGGAGAGUAGGUGGUGAUCUAGUUUCAGCUGUUCUGGCUGAGCCUGGUCGGAGAUGGAAAGCAGCUAAGGUGGAAGAUAGAGGUGAUGGCACAUACCUGGUGACUUACUGCGCCAUGGUGGAAGGUCUACAUACAAUGUAUGUCUACCUGCGAGGGCAACAAAUUGCUGGGUCACCAUUUUGCAUAACAGUUCGGUCUCGGCGGAAUUAUAGAAGCAUAUCCCAGCCAGUGAUGAUAAUUGGAAGUGAAGGCACUGCAGAGGGUCAGCUGUGUCGACCUUGGGGAGUGUGCUGUGAUUCAAUUGGAAACAUCAUAGUGGCAGAUCGUAGUAACAAUCGCAUCCAAGUGUUUUAUCCAGAUGGUUCAUUCAGCCACUGCUUUGGCAGACAGGGUAAAGGAAUAGGCGAGUUUGAACGGCCAGCAGGGGUGGACACCAAUUCAGCUGACCACAUUAUUGUUGCAGACAAAGACAACCAUCGUAUUCAAGUACUUACAUUAAGUGGAAAGCCAUUAUUAGCAUUUGGUGAAAGAGGUUCUGCAGAUGGACAAUUCUAUUACCCCUGGGAUGUAGCAGCAGCACCAGAUGGACGCAUAGUCGUUUCAGACACAAGGAAUCACAGAGUUCAGAUGUUCACUCCUGAUGGGAUAUUCAUAUGUAAAUAUGGUUAUGAAAAUUGCUCAAAUAUGUGGAAGCAUAUGGAUAAUCCACGAGGAGUAUGUUUCAAUAAGGAUGGUGGUGUUAUUAUGACAGAUUUUAACAAUCACAGACUGUUUCUGAUAAAACCUGACUUCAGCAAUGCAAUCUAUCUUGGUAAUGAGGGACAGAGAGAAAUGCAAUUUCUAAGACCACAAGGUGUUACAGUUGAUCUUGAAGGCCAUAUUAUAGUUGCAGACUCACGAAAUCACAGAGUACAAGUGUUUGAUCCCAGUGGUGACUUCUUGGCUCAGUUUGGGGACAUCUCUCUGAUGGACCGUCCAAGUGGGAUCUGUGUAUCACCUGAUGGUAAAAUCAUACUUGUUGAUUUUGGCCACCACAGAGUUUUGGCUUUCUGA